UUGUUUUCUUUUAAUUUAUUUGAGGCUUUUUCCUUUAAAGUUAUUGCCUUUUUCAAAUACCGAGAUGUUUGGAAGGUGCGGUGAGGUAUGCAGAGCAUGUUUAACGACGAAUGAAUAUUUUACAUAUAAGUUAGGUAAAAACGUUUCGACAGAUUUGUACUUAUAUUGCACAACAAUAGAGGUACGCCGAGAUGACUUGCCGAAAACGCUGUGCGAUUCAUGCUACGAGAAUCUUACAAAAUAUUCUGAAUUCAAAAGAAAUUGCAUUAACUCACAAUAUGCCUUAACUAAUAUAAAUGAAUCUCGACUAGAUGAUGCUACUAAUACAUCCGUUGUAGAUGCACUUGAUUAUCAUAAGACCAUUUCACUCUUUAAUUCAGUCAAUGUAAAGACUGAAAAUGUCACUGAUGGUAUUGAACACAUUCUUAAAAUAAAAUCAGAGGACAUAACUGAUCAUUUUGAAAAUGAUUUGUAUGAACCAUUGAAUAUAAAUGAAAAUAAUUAUAGUACAAAUAAGAAUGAAAUGAAGAAGAGGAAAAUAAGAAAGUUAGAUAAACGAAAACUUCACCAAAAGACAAAGCUUAAAAUUACCCGGAAACAUUUGAGUUUUACCUGUAAAAUAUGCAAUAAAAAGUUUAAUUAUUUGGAGAGAUUUGAAGCCCAUAAACUGGAACAUGAAGGUAAAGAGGCUCAUAUAGAAACUCACAAGGAAAAUAGAGACCGACCAUUCACUUGUGAGCAUUGUGGAAAGAAAUUUUAUACCAACACUAUACUGCUAUCUCAUGUUUCUAGACGUCAUACAAAUCGAAGAUUUAUUUGCCAAACAUGCAACUAUCCAUUCACAGAUAAAUACAAUUUAGCAAAACAUUUACUGAUACAUGAUGGAAAGAAAUUGUUCACAUGUGAAAUAUGCAACAAAUCAUACACUACACGGUCCUCUCUAGUGGAACACAGGAGGAUACAUUCCGGUGAGCGUCCAUAUAUUUGUAACUACUGUCCAAAGAGUUUUAUAUCCAAACGACGUCGGGAUGAUCAUCACAAAAUCCAUACUGGAGAACGUCCACACAAAUGCGUUAUCUGUGAACAAGGCUUUACUCAACGUGGGACUUUAAAAAGGCACAUGAAAGUUCACAACAGAACAAUGCCAAUUCUCAAUUAAAAUAUCUGUAUAUAAUU